UGCGGUACCUCAGCGGCAGCUGUUCGUCACCGUUUCGGCAGUGAUUUGGAUCGAUGUUGCUUUUUCAGCAAAUUGCAUCAUAUUUCCCGCAGUGUACAAUCACAGUAUUCAAAAUAUCGAACCUUAUCAGUAUCACCCCAAGUAUCGAAUUAUUAAGAUAGUGUGUAGCCACCUGAAUCAUGGCAGAAGACAAAGCACCAGAAGAACAGAUGAACAACCUCGCUGUGAAUGAUGAUGAUGAUGUGGUGGAUCCAUGGAAUGUCUCUGGAAAGUCGGAGACAGGCAUAGACUAUGACAAAUUGAUAAAAAGAUUUGGCAGUUCCAAGAUUGAUGAUGAAGUUAUACAAAGAUUUGAAAAGGUUACUGGAAAAAAAGCUCACCACUUAUUGCGGCGUGGCAUAUUCUUCUCCCACCGUGACAUCCACAGCAUCCUCAACCUUGUUGAAGCCGGCAAGAAGUUCUACCUCUACACUGGCAGGGGGCCGUCAUCAGAUAGUAUGCACCUUGGGCAUAUGAUUCCAUUCAUGUUCACUAAGUGGCUUCAAGAUGUAUUCGACGUGCCCCUCAUAAUCCAGCUCACCGACGACGAGAAAGUUCUUUGGAGGGACAUUAAAGUGGAACAGGCGCGGCAAAUGGCGCACAGUAACGCGAAAGAUAUCAUUGCGGUCGGUUUCAAUCCGGAGAACACUUUCAUAUUCAAUGAUUUGGACUUUAUUGGCCAGUGUCCAGCAUUCUACCAAAACAUGCUUCGCAUACAGAAGUGCGUGACCUUCAACCAGGUGAAAGGCAUAUUCGGGUUCGGCGACUCUGACGUCAUCGGCAAGAUCACCUUCCCCUCCAUCGAGGCCGCGCCCGCGUUUUCUACUAGCUUCCCCUUCAUAUUUGAGAAUAAAGUGGUACCCUGCCUAGUUCCCUGCGCGAUCGAUCAAGACCCAUACUUCCGUAUGACUCGCGACGUCGCCGCCCGACUCAAGAUGCCCAAACCUGCCUUAUUACACUCUUCCUUCCUACCUGCCUUACAAGGGGCUCAGCACAAGAUGUCGGCCAGCGACCCUAACGCUUCCAUCUUCCUUAAUGACACUGCUAAACAGAUCAAAAACAAGAUCAACAAGUACGCGUUUUCUGGCGGGCAGGCGACGGUAGAGGAGCACAGAGAGAAGGGCGGGAACACUGAGGUGGACAUCUCAUACAAGUACCUCACGUUCUUCCUGGAGGAUGACGAGAGGCUGGCGCAGAUAAAAAAAUCCUACGAAUCUGGUGAGAUGCUAACAGGCGAGCUGAAGAAGAUCGCCAUCGACACAGUGACGCCCGUCAUCACCGACUACCAGGCGCGGCGGGCGCUCGUCACCGACGACGUGAUGCAGGAGUUCUUCAGGAUCAGGAGGAUCAAGUUCUGAAAGGUUAUGAUACCUAUCGCAAACUCGAAAUAUUUAGUGUUCGAUUUUUCAAAUCUGUCGGAUUUUCAAAAGGGACGAACUCGGAAAGCUCGUUCGUUUAAAAACAUAAACCUACGAGUAUAACUACAAUGACUUUUUAUAAUAGGAUGCCUUUUUAAAAACUAAGUAAAAUCACUGGCCAUGUUAAAUAUAUUAAGAACGGGUCACUCACGUAUUUUAAGUCGAUAAACGCUAGACAUGUUUCACUCCGUACCGAGGAGUGUGUGAGGAGUGAAACAUGUCGAGCGUUUUUGACUUAAAAUACGUGAGAGACCCGUUCUUAAUAUAUUUAAUAAGUCUGUGUCUCACGGAAGUUUUGUUAUUAAAAUCACUGGAUUUUGAAAAAAUGCAGUCGGUCAAAUGAAAGUCUGCCAAAUGGGUCAUCGGUAAAUUUUUUUCGAAAUUGUGAUAGGAGACCGUAAACAAGACAUGAAGUAAGCAUUUUUGGACCUUAUAUGGAUGUGAUGAGAUCUGGAAAUGGUCGAGUGUGUUUGUUAGUAAUAAUUAAAAUAAAUAUUUAUUUAUUGUUCCAUGUUAUUUUUUUUACUGCCUGUGUCAUAGUGUCAUUACCAUUUAAAAAUUUGCUUUGUUAUGCA